UCCCUCACCUCAGCAGCGAUGUUGAACCGUGCCGUCCCCCUUCCGCCUGCCCUGUGGGCCACGAAGCCCUCUGCCGCAGUCAUGGAAGAGGAGCUGAAAUGCCCUGUGUGUGGCUCCCUCUUCCGGGAGCCCCUCAUCCUGCCCUGCUCCCACAAUGUCUGCCUCCCUUGUGCUCGCACCAUCGCCGUGCAGACCCCGGAGAGCGAGCAGCACCUACCCUCCAUGCUGCACCCGCGGGGGCCACCACAAGGGCCGGGGCCUGCUGCCGGACCAGCCUCCCUCGACUACGACUGUGGAGCUGGUGGAGGCGGCGGAGGGACUGGGGGUGGUGGUGGAGGAGGAGGAGGAGGGAUGGACCACACAGACAAGUUGAGCUUGCACAGCGAGACCGAUAGUGGCUACGGCUCCUACACCCCGAGCCUGAAGUCUCCCAAUGGGGUGCGGGUCCUGCCCUUGGUGCCGCCGCCUCCUGGCACGGGGGCCACUGGGUCCACUCCACGGGGAAGCAUUGCCAGUUCCUCGCUGACCUGCCCACAGUGCCACCGAAGCGCUUCGCUGGACCACCGUGGUCUGCGUGGCUUCCAACGCAACCGACUCCUGGAGGCUAUUGUGCAGCGGUAUCAAGCAGCCCGAGCUGCUGCCUCGGCUGCUGCCAAAUGCCAGCUAUGUGAUCGCAACCCACCUGAGCCAGCUGCUGUCAUGUGUGAGCAGUGCGAAGUAUUCUAUUGCGCCUCCUGCCAGGUCAAGUGCCACCCUUCCCGAGGACCCUUUGCCAAGCACCGCCUGGUGCCCCCACCCAGCCAGCAGGUAGCUCCCAGUGGAGGCGCUGUGCCCGGGGCCAGCGGUGGAGCAGGAGGAGGCCCUGCAGGAGGUGUUAUCAAUGCAGUGAGCAAAACACCCGGGGCAGCCCGCAAGCCCCCCACCUGCGUGGACCACGAGAUGGAGAACUACAGCAUGUACUGUGCCACCUGCCGGACCCCCGUCUGCUAUCAGUGUCUCGAAGAGGGCAAGCAUGCCAAGCAUGAGGUGAAGGCCUUGGGGGCUAUGUGGAAGCAACACAAGGCACAACUGUCUCAGGCUUUGAAUGGCAUUUCAGAUAAAGCAAAGGAAGCAAAAGAAUUUUUGGUACAGCUGAAAAACAUUUUACAGCAGAUACAGGAAAAUGGCUUGGACUAUGAAGCUUGUCUAGUAGCUCAGUGUGAUGCUUUGGUUGAUGCUUUGACACGUCAGAAGGCAAAACUGCUCACAAAAGUUACAAAAGAGCGUGAACACAAACUAAAGGUUGUGUGGGACCAGAUAAAUCACUGUACUUUGAAACUGCGUCAGUCUACUGGGCUAAUGGAAUAUUGUCUCGAAGUUAUCAAAGAAAAUGACCCGUCUGGGUUUUUACAGAUUUCAGAUGCUUUAAUCAAACGUGUUCAAGUGUCUCAGGAGCAAUGGGUUAAAGGAGCUCUGGAACCCAAAGUAUCGGCUGAAUUUGAUCUGACUUUGGAUAGCGAUCCCUUGCUGCAGUCAAUUCAUCAGCUGGACUUCAUUCAGAUGAAAUGUAGGGUUCCGCUUUCAGUGCCACCAGUCCCACUACUGCAGCUGGAAAAGUGCUGCACCAGAAACAACAGUGUGACCCUAGCCUGGCGGAUGCCACCUUUCAGCCACAAUCCAGUGGAAGGCUACAUCUUGGAACUUGACGAUGGAGAUGGAGGACAAUUUCGAGAAGUGUAUGUUGGAAAGGAGACCCUAUGCACUAUUGAUGGCCUUCAUUUCAAUAGUACCUACAAUGCAAGAGUCAAAGCCUUUAAUUCAUCAGGAGUGGGCCCUUAUAGCAAGACAGUUGUUUUACAGACUUCUGAUGUGGCCUGGUUUACAUUUGAUCCCUGCUCAGCCCACAGAGACAUAGUCCUUUCGAAUGACAACCAGACAGCAACUUGCAGUAGCUAUGAUGACCGUGUUGUCCUGGGCACAGCUGCUUUCUCCAAGGGAGUCCACUACUGGGAACUGCAUGUAGACCGUUACGAUAAUCAUCCAGAUCCAGCCUUUGGAAUUGCUAGAAUCAACGUUGUCAAGGACAUGAUGCUGGGCAAAGAUGACAAGGCAUGGGCAAUGUAUGUUGAUAACAAUCGCAGCUGGUUCAUGCACUGUAAUUCUCACACCAAUCGGACAGAAGGGGGUGUUUCUAAAGGUGCAACUGUGGGCGUUCUCCUGGACCUCAACAAGCACACCCUGACCUUUUUCAUCAAUGGGCAGCAGCAGGGUCCUCCAGCAUUUGAAAACGUGGAGGGUGUCUUCAUGCCUGCAUUAAGCCUCAACCGAAAUGUGCAGGUGACUCUGCACACAGGACUCGAGGUACCUCAGACCGUAAGACCACCAAAGUUGCCGAGCAAUUGAGCUCCCGUUGUUUAAAUCUCCGCUGGAUUUUAUAACCUUUCUAACUAGCUUUUGGCAAAAGUCGGUUUUACAAAACACCUGUAAUUUAGAGCAGAGUCAGCAUUGGUUAUCUGAUUUGGGUAAUCCAGUGGGGUUUUUUUAAAAAACAUUGUCAUGCCUCUUAAUUUUUUACAUUUGUUUUAAUUGUUUUAAAAUCACAAAAUUUUCUUAUCUUUACCACUGUGUGAAACCUGAUUGCCUAUCCAAAAAGUUACCACAGUUUUUUUUGUUUAAAGUAAUGCUUUCUUUUCCUUUACACCUUUCAUUUUGCAAUUUAUAUGACACAAAUCAGACCAGGUUAAUUGUACUUAAUCUCCAUUUAUAAGAACAGAAGAUAACCACCAUUAUGUUAACCUUCUUUUAAAUCUGGAUUAAAUCCAUUGUGUCUUCAUUUACUCCAUCUUGGGCUCUGCUUGUGCUGUACCUACUGCAAGGCACAUUUUAUAUCUGCUAAUUUUGGGGGAGAGUUUGAGUAUUAUAGGUGAUCCUGCCCCCAUCUAGUUGUUUGGACAAGUGACCUUUGGGUCUUACAUUUUGCAAUGUUAUGGAAGAGGAAAAUAGUAGAUUAGACUUCCACUAAGGUCAGUAGCAUAGUUCUCAUUUAUUCCAUAUUUCUUUUAAAAAGCAAUAUAUGCUGUAGUUCUCAAAUCAAUCACCCCAAGGAGACUGCCACAUCCACAUUGGUGUAUCUGCUCAAAUAAAGCUCAUACAGCCUUUCUGUAUUUCAUGGGCUGUGACUUGAAUUUAAAGUAGCACUCAAUAUACCACAUUUUAAUCAAAACAAUUUGCAGGCAGUGUAGAUCUUUGUACAAGAUUAAAAAUCCAUUAAUUGAAGCACAAAUUUGAAGGCUUGGAGCACAUAUGGGUGUCCCACAUCUGCCCAGUAUGAUCGCUCUUUAGCAACCCUAUGAGAUUCUGUGCCCUCUUAUUUUAUCAGUGUUUUUCUCAUGAGACUUCUUGUCAUUGUAACACUCAUACUGCCAUUUUCUUCUUCCAUUCUGGAAAAAUGGAUUUGGCUGGACUUUCUCACACACGAGUAUUUCUUGUGCUAAUCUUCAUGACUUGACUUCUAUACCUGCAGAAAGAUGCAACGGAAUGUGGGGACAUAUAGCUGUUGGCCUUACCUCACCAUACCCCAAAAAACAGCUAGGUGUUCCUAAUAUACUAAUAGUGAGGAAUCUGCAAUCCUGAAACUAUAAGGAAAUAAAGUGAAGUAAAGCACUUGUCAGCAACUUUGCUCUGGAUUAACUGCAAAAUUUAAAAAUGUCUCUGAAAAAAUCACCAAAGAGCAGCUUAUUAAAAUACUUGCUCCGAAAUAAUUUUAAAAACCAUUUUGACAAGUCUAACAUUUAAGUUUAGGCUUUCCCCUGACAUUAAGUCUAGUCAUGUCCAACUCUGGGGGUUGGUGCUCAUCUCCAUUUCUAAAAUGAAGAGCCAGCAUUGUGUGUAGACACCUUCAAGGUUAUGUGGCCAGCUUAACUGCAUGGAGUCCUGAACAGUACCUAUUGAUGUACUCACAUUCACAUGUUUUCAAACUGCUGGGUUGGCAGAAGCUGGAGCUAACAGCGGGAACUUACCCCACUCCCCAGAUUAGAACCAUGGACCUUUCGUUCAGCAAGUUCAGCAGCUCAGCAGUUUAACCUGCUGUGCCAACAGGGUUUUAAGUAAUAUUUAAGUAAGUGUUCUUUAUCACUUUACCCAACUAUACACUUGAGAGGGUUGAAACUGAGUGCAGAUACAUGUUCUUUGUUGGAUUUCAGUAAUAACUUUUUGAGGUAUUUCUAAGAUAUCAGCUGAGUAGCUGUGCAUGAAACAUUUAGUACAUCAUCAUACAUUUAAGCUGAACUGCAGCCUGAGGACCAAACUACACACUGUGUUAAAUGUAUUAUAUAUUUAAUUAAAAAUACACAGAGGAGCUACUUGGCUGAGGCAGUAUAGGAACAAUUAUUUGUGAAUGUGAGGAAUUCCCACUCAAUACAAAUACUAACCUUUAAAGGAGUGGUUUUCUUAAUAAAAAAAAAACAGGACUGGAGAAGAGAAGAAAGGGGUUAAAUUUCCCUUUUGUCUGCGGCAGUGCUAAUAAUUAUUAUGCAUGUCUGGCAGCUGCUCUUUAUAUUUGAAAUGUGCAUUAAAUGUAGAUGUAAUGGCUGCAUGACUUUGGAGGCGUCUACAGACAAUGCUGGCUCUUUGGCUUAGAAAUGGUGAUGAGCACCAACCCCCAGAGUUGGACAAGACUGCACUUAAUGUCAGGGGAAAACCUUUACCUUACAUUUAACAUCAUGUUGAGUUUAGUCUUCAGCAGACAGGUCAGACAAUACCAGCUUUGAAAACUGUGGGCUAUGAGACCAGGAAUGAUCAUUGAUUGAACAGUCUCUGUUCAUUCCUCCUCCUUUUGUGCUCACUUCUGUGCUUAAUUUCUGGUUAACCUCCUAGAUGCAAAUAGUAGAACUCUGGUUUAAUUUCUGGUUUUAUGCACACUUAAAACAUUAAAACAUUUUGAUUCCACUUUAUAACUUCAUCUUAUUGCUUCAUCCUAUGGAAUCCUGGGAUGUGUAAUCUAGUGAUGGACUUAGAAUUCCCUAGUGCACUCUUUUGAACAUUAGACAGCAUUAAUGCUCUCUACAAAUCCCAGGAUUUCCUAGGAUGGAGUCAGGACAAUUGAAGUGGCAUGAAACUGAUCUAAUUUCCAGGAUUUGCACACCAAUGCCAGUGCUCAAAAUGAGCAGAGGAGUGCUUAACCCCAGGGUUCAUAAUUUAUGGAGCUGGACAAGACUAUUUAAAUUGAGCUCCCAAUGAACAAACUAUGGUGGGUUGGAAAGUAUCCGCAACACCAUAGAACCAUAAAACAAAGUACAUAUAAGGCAAACUAUAAUGGGAACAUAAAUUAUUUGAAGAAAUAUCCAAGAGAAGAUAUAAUAAUAACUCAACACCAUGGCCAUGCCCUCCUUAAGCACAUAAAGUAAUUGCAUGCUUAAUUUUAAGCACGUGAAUAAAUGUUGAAUUAAGGACGAAUUUCAAGAUGAAAUUAUGUGAAAUGAGAAAAGAAUUGGAUUGUGCCGAGUCAAGAAGAUACUUGGCACAAUCCAAUUCUUUUCCCAUUUCACAUCAUUUCAUAGAACUUCUUUUAUCUUUAUUUGCAUUUUGAAUCAUGUUAUUUAGAUAUAUCACUACUUGUACAUGCUGACAUGCAUGCACAAGUAAAUAUAGUAAACUGGUGGCGCAGUGGGUUAAAACCUUGUGCUGGCAGGAUUGCUCACUUGAAGGCUGGGUUACUGACCUGAAGGUUGCCGGUUUGAAUCCAACUUGGGGAGAGUGCGGAUGAGCUCCUUUUGUCAGCUCCAGUUCCAUACGGGGACAUCAGAGAAGCCUUCCACAAGGAUGGGAAAAAUAUCAAAAACAUCCAGGCAUCCCCUGAGCAACAUCUUUGCAGACAGACAAUUUUCUCACACCAGAAGUGACUUGCAGUUUCUCAAGUCACUCCUGACACACACACAAAACAAGUAAAUAUGUAUUGCCUUUCUAUUGAAUACUACCAAACAUCCCAUAUUAUGUAUCUGUUACUGAGCUGCAAGAUUUCAGACUGCAGGUGAAGGAGAGAACACUCAUUGUAUGUACAAAGAGAGAUAGGCCUUACACAGCCAAAGAUUAUCCAUCAAAAAUCAGAUAAACACUUGUCUGGAACUUCCUUCCAGAGAUACUGGUUAUAUAAACAGUAUUUUCUUUGCUAUAUCUGAAGUCUGAAAAUAUAUACCGCACAAGACUUUGGCUUAUUUCUGUUAGCACUCUGCUUGUUCUUGGAUUUUGUACACACUAAAACACAGGGUGUAAAUACCUUAAAGGCAUGAGAUCCUGUUUGCUUUUGGCAGCCAGAGAGCCAAUGAAUUUAUGAAGUUUUGUUGGCUAUAUUUCAGAGGAAGAAACAGGCAAAACCAUCUUUAUUCCUUGCCUUCUUAAGCCCUAUGAAAUUCAUAGGAUCACUAUAGGUUGACCUGAAGGCAGAUACAUGCAAAAAUAAAGAGUGCUAAAACAGUUAAAAGGAACCUUGCAGGUAUCAAAUCUAGCUUUCUGUGUCAUUUGCAUAAAACACCUCAACAACAGAACAAAACUAUUCAUAACACAUUUGAGGAAAGAACUUAGGGCAAUUAGAUGCUAAUUGGAGGCAUCUGUAUCAAUAUUGUGAGGGAGGGGGAAUGCAUACACAUACACACAUGCAGGAGCAAAAUCCAUAACCAUAAUUGAGCUCUAUGAACUCUUGGUUCUAAUGUGUUAUUGCAGAAAUGCAGAUGUUGUGAUGAAAACUGAGAUAAGAAGAGGUCAAACAUCUUCACAAAUUCCUCAGGAAUUAUGAAAAAACAUAGGGCAGCACAUGCAGAGACUAAGGCCCCUCUACCCUGCCAUUAUAAUGCAGAUUGAACUGCAUUAUAUGGUCAGUGUAGAUACAUAUAAUUGAGUUGAAUGCAAUUAAACUGCAUUACACGAGCCUACACUAACCAUACAAUGCAGUCCAAUCUGCAUUAUAAUGGCAGGGUAGAUGGGGCCUUAGGCAGACCCAUUGUAAGCAUCCAUUGUGUAAGUCAUACAUUUUUCCUGAUCUGACUAUAUCCAUGACCAUCAGAGCAUGUUCUGCUGAGUAUAACUAUGUGGGUUUGUUUUGAGACAGAAACUGAAUAUGAUGUACCUGCAUAUUUGUGGUUGCCAUGUUUAUAUCAUCACUGGGGUUUUCAGGCUGGGGUUCACACUGUCUUUAAAGCUACAUGAAAACUUUUUGUGUGAGCUGACCUAAAUACAUUCAUGUCAAAGCACAUGCCAUUUGACUAGAACACGGUAUUGAACGUAACAAGAACCCUUAGCAGGGUGAAGAAAUGUAAGAUAAUCUAAUUUUUAUGUAACAUCUUUCAACUUGUCUCCUCCAAUAAUACAAGAGUCACACAGAUGGGAGCUUCUUUGGAUCAGGCAAAGAAAGGUGAAUAACUGAUUUAACUGAACUGGAAGAGAAAGCUUUCUUUUUCUUCCACUGAUGGAAAAACUCUUCCCCUAAGAGAACGCUUCCUUUCUGGAGGGAAGAAAUAUUUGGAUGCACCCAGUGAAAAAGAAUAAUAUCCUCCCUUAUGCUUACAAACAAAGGUGCUUUAAAAAAAGAUGUAGCAAUUUUUCUUAUGGGUCUGAGCAUUAUUGCUAGCUCAAACAAGUGAUGCAAUAAGUCAACACUUGUUUGGUCUACUAAUAGGAUAAAGACAGUGAUAUUUGAAUUUUUUUAUAACUGUGAUAACACAAAAGAUUGCAAAGAAUGUUAUUCUCUCUCAAUUUUCUUAUUUGAAAUGGUCAUAUGUUUGUUUGCUUUUUUGGUGACAAAAAAUGUAGCAGGCCUUGCUUCACGACUACCUCACUUUAGCCUGCUCACUGUGAACUUGACUUGUAUGAACCUAGAACGUGCAGCUAUAAUCCUGACUUUGGAAGUUCUUCAUAGGUCAGGAUGUAGCAGAAAUUUCAAAAUGGCUAGAGACCUGUUCAGCUUUAUAGGUAAGGGUCGCAGUCACAGGGAAAGUGAGUAUUGGACAUCAUGAGAUGCAAGAAGCCAAGAGCUUUCUAUUGAUGAUUCAGAGCCAAAGUCAGCCAGAAGUGAGUCUGAGCCAUAUGGUAAUGCAGUGUGUCCUGCUUAAACUGCAUGGGUAUCUCUAGUGAAUUUGAGCUUUGUUUAAAUUCUUAUGCCAGCUCGACAUAAAAAAGAUAUGUCUUUAUUUAGUAUGGGUAAAACAACAUUGUAUAUCUUAAAAGUGUAGGUUUUUUUCCUCCUAGCAACCUAAAUUCUCCCUAUUCAGUUUUUAAAAGGAUUUGGAGCAACUUUUAUAACCCGCUACAGGGUUCCUUUUUGUCUUUUUUCUUUUAAAGACCUUCUUUCUGUAUUCAUUUUGUGUUACUUUAUGCCAGUGGUUCUCAACCUGUGGGUCCCCAGAUGCUUUGGCCUUCAGCUCCCAGAAAUCCUAACAGCUGGUAAUUAUGGAGGAAGGUGUGGGGAAUGGGUGAAAUGCAGGCAUCCAUUUGGGGGAAAUCCCUCACAAUUUCCAUUUCUGUUUUCCACAUUCUAAGUUCUAGGAAGAAUAGGUUCCUUUCUCAUAGGAAAAAGGACAAUUUCAGCCGUGAGUUUUCUGUGCACAAUCAACAAAAGAUGAUACCCAGAUGAACAUCUAAAAUCUUAGAUGUACAUAUAUAAUAGAAGGGGAAGCCCUAAAAAAAAAGAGCUUCUAGAAAUAUAUAAUACAACUUAGGGUAUGUUAACUGUCUUGCCUUACAAGCAUUGCUGGAUUUCUGCACAGACUAAGUAAACUAUAAGGUCUUUUAGGGUAAGAGGGACUCUUUAUAACAACAUAGUUACAAUUAGAUACUCUAAAGCAGAUAUUGUUCAAGUGUGACAAAAUAUACUUAAUGGCUAUAAUUUUUGUGGUUAUGCUGUGGGGUUCCUUUAAUGUGACAUAGUUUAGUGUCUCCGCAUGUCUUAAUCUAGCCCUGUUUACAGGGUUGCUAUAUAAAUAUGGCGUGUUAAGGCUUGAAAGUGCCAUGCCAAUUAUUGUUUGGCUUGAGACGUAGGCAUAUUUGACUGGGUCGACAGAAAGGAAAAUUUCUGUGCCUUUCUUAUAAAAGCAGAUUCUUCAACACCCUAAAAAAAUGCCACACAAAGGGGAUGCAUAGAGGAGAAAUCUGGAAUCCGUGAAAUUCAGAGUAAAGCAGUUUUCACAAACAGAGUCAUCCUCCCAGCAGAAAGGGGACCCUCUUAAGAACAGAAGUAGCACUCACCAUCAUCAUCCCAUUUAUCUUUGUAUCCUUCCUAGAAGUUAGAACUGGUUCAUGUACCUAAGAUACCAAACAGCUCUUUUUGCCAAAUGGGAUGAAUGAGCUUGUGAACAUGAUAGCAAACUAUUUCUUGCUUUUAUAUGUGCAAUUUGAUGUGCACACAUUUUAAAGCAAUGAAGAGUGCUCUUGUGGACUGGUAGAUGUUAAGUCACAUGAACAAGACACAACACACAGCCAUUGUCAAGAGCACUUGAUGUGCCUUGUGCAAGGAAAAAGGAUAGCCUGGAUAGAUGAAAAGAAGACAUGGAAGUACACUGUAUAAAUCAAUUGCUUAGAGCAAAAGGAGAAGAGGGUCUGAAAACAUAAUAGUAUUUAGAUGCACUAUUGGGGAUUUUUCUUUUUUAUGCCUCAGUGCUCCUGUGUUAUAUGCUACUGUAAACAGAAAUAAGUGGGGGGGGGGGGGGUAAAGAUUAGUCUAGCACAGGUUUUUCUCUCACUAUCAACAAAGGACUUUUCAGUAGUGAAUACAAUGAAAUGCUAUCAUUUACAAAGGUUCCCCUUGCUGCCCUGUAUAAGAAGCAUGGGGACAUUGGGUUAAUUGUCUCAUGCAUAUAAGGCUGCAUUGAAUAAAUGUUAUCUGCAUUCAAAUUAUCUUCAGCAACAAUCUCAGAUCUGUCUCUAUAAUAGACUGUGUAUGCUUUAAGAUAAUAUUAUCUGAAAGAAUCUGAGGGAAGCCCAACAGCUUAGCCGUAAGUAGACUACUCAAGACAUUUCAGAUAGUCUCAGCCCUACAUGCUCCAUAUUUCUCUUUAACAAGAAAUAAUUUUGUUUAAAACAAAAGGAAUAGUUUGGCUUCUCAGAACUGCUUCAGAGGUUGCUUUUGCUACCUUCUCUCUGGAAGAACAUCAGUAGAGAGAAAGACAUGCCUCUGGAUUAGUCGUUCUUAACCUGUGGGUCCCCAGGUGUUUUGGCCUACAACUCCCAGAAAUCCCAGCCAGUUUACCAGCUGUAAGGAUUUCUGGGAGUUGAAGGCCAAAACACCUGGGGACCCAUAGGUUGAGAACCAUUGCUCUAGAUAAAGCCAAGAAUACCUACCAUAGAUGUAGCAUAUUUAUUUAUUUGCAUUUCUUUCUUUCUGCUUUAUUAAGACUUUUGGAGAAGAUCCCAAGAGCUCUUCGAGAUCUAGCUGUCAUACAUAAAUGAUCUUUGUGAUACAGUUGCCAACUUUUACUGUGUCCUACCGUCUUGUUCUGCUACCAACACCUCUUAAUCUGAUUUCUUGCUAUCCUUGUUUACUUUAGUCUGUAUGGGGAGGGUUUAUUACAAAGAAAACAAGCACAUGUUUCCACAGACCAAUGGUUUUCAACCUAGGGUCCCCAGAUGUUGUUGACCUUCAACUCCCAGAAAUCGUAACAGCUGGUAAACUGGGAUUUUUGGGGAUCCCAGGUUGAGAACCAUUGCUGUAGAUCCAUCUAUAACUGAAGAGUGGUGUUCUGGUGCUCAGUUCAGUGGUUGGUGCCUUAGCAUACAUGGAUAGGAUAUACAGCUCAGAAUCUUCUCAAAGACCAAGGAAUCAUGAAUUCCUACCAGGCUCAUCUUAAAAUCCAGUCCACUUUCACUGAGAGAGUUUUGCAGUGCUGGAGAGUGCUGAAGGGUGAUGAAUCCCAACCCCUCAUGUCAGCAAGUGACAGUAUGCUGUCAAGUUGUCCCAAUGAGUCCCUAAUCCCUGGCAGGAGAGGACUGAAUGUGUCAUCCUUCAGUGCCCUGUUCACCAUAGAAAUCCAUCCCUAAAUCCAGCUAGCUGUGUUUGAAGAUGGGAUUCAGGAGUCAGAUCAGGUGAUGGAGAGUAGCCAUAGCACUCAGCCACAUAUCUACUGCAAGAUCUCAGUCAAUAUCACUCUGUAACUUUCCUUCUGAUACUGAGCACUUUAUAGAUUAUUUUGGAUGAUUAUUGCGUAGAAUUUUGCCACAUCUUUUAGGGCUGAAAAUUGGUUUUGACAGAUUUAGUAAAUAGGUGGAAGAGCUUUGAAGACCAACAAAAUGUCUUUUUCUUGGCAUUCAAAAAGUUCUUAAAGACUGGAUAGUCAUCCCUCUAUUGUUAUAAAUGGGAGAAAGUAAGAUGUGUUUUCAAAACUUAUGAGAAAUCUUUUAAAAUAAGCUACUGUUCAGUGCAGGCCAUAAUCCAUUUCUCAUUCCUCCUUUUAAUAAAAAUGCUUCAUAUGACACUUCAUACAACUAGGAAAAAUUAGGAAAAAUGAUAAGAUAUACAGGAUGUUGUUGUAUUAGUAUGCAGCAAUAUCCAGUUGUUCAAAUAUUUCUUUCCUACUAAACAGAUUUUUGGGAAAAAAACCUCAAUAUUUCAUUGACAUUUUCUGAGUUGGGAGAAAACCUAUUUAACUUAUUCAGAACAAAAGAAAUCUUAAUCGUAAAAAAGACUGUAGAAGAAUGGAAAUCCUUUCCUAAUGAAAGAAAGGAUUGGGACUUACCCACAUUGACAACUGUUAAUAAAUGGAGAAAAACAAAAUUCAGGCCUGCAAGCAAAUCUAAAACAGCCUGAAGACCAUAUAAAGGAAAAAAAACUAAUUAUAUAUAGUGAAAAGCAAAAAUCCAGCAGUUAGCGAUGCUGAAAGCCAUAAAUUUCAAUAAUUUCAAGUAUGCUUAACUGUGUGUAGGAUUGUAUCCAUAUACUGGACUGAUAAAAAACAAUGGUAUGACCUGUAAAAGAGUAUGAGACAAAUUAAUAUGUAAUGUAAUGUAUGAUGUAUACAUACCAAUCCAUCUUAGUGUAAAUAGCACAUUGUAAUGUACUGGCAUAGUCUGUUGUUGCUCAGUGGUCCAGUUCCAUUGUAGUGUUGUAGAUUUUUUAAAACGUGUUCAGCAAAAAAAAAAAAAAUAAGGGGGGAAGCACUUGGUUUCAAAGUUUCUUAGAUGUUUUAGAGCAAGAGGAAAUGUACUGUUUAAACUUUUAUCCUCCUGUUUUAAUAUGGAUAAUAAUUUUGAAAAGAUUAAGGUUCAGCCAGCCUUUGCAACACAAGACACUGUAAUUCACUAGCAGUUGCAAUCCACACACAUUACAGAUCUACACAGCCACAGCUCUGUUUUGCUUAUCAUAACUUUAGAUGGAUUCAUACAUUUACUGGGUUUGCAAUUUGUUUUGUGAAACAGAGUAUCAGAAGUGUGUUCCACCUCCAUUCCAUCACAGAUACAAACUAGCAUCCUGUUCAUGACAGGCAUGGGUGCCUCUGCGUAUUACAUAUGCAUGUGUACUUUUUGGUCCUUGCAAAGGAGGUAUUCAGUACUUUUUUCUACAAAGCCCCAUCACACAAUGAUGAUAGGAGGGAUAACAGGAACAGCUCUGUUUCCACAGCCACUGGUCAAGCGCAAGAGGGCAACCAGGAUGAAACUGACCAGUGACCAGGGAGACAGAAUUGUACCUGGCUGCUCCAACGGCUGUCGUUGUAUACAGAGGAAGCAGCCUUCAUUGCCACUGCCUCCCAUAAAUUAGGCUGGUUCUGACAUAUUUCCCACCAGUGUGAAAUAGAAUUGUGGCCAUAAUAUCACAAGUGAGGUGGCUGAAGCCUGCAUGCAUGCAACCCUAUUUGAUAUCUCUCUUUGUUUUCCUUUUUGAACUGGCUAAAAUCACAACAAUUGUUCCCUUGCAUGGAUUGCCCUUUUUCAUGUUCCAGCCAUGUUGUGGGAGAGGAGUGUAUAUAUGAAUUGCUGGCUAAACUAAAUGUGGUGUUGUGUGAAUUAUAGUUGUGCCAUGGGUUGUGUAAAGUAGUAGCCAUGCCUAAGCCUUGAGACAGAAAGAGAGGGAUGGGCAACACAUGUCUCCCUCCACCCAACUUUGCAACCCGCCAUGCACUCAAUUUCUUCACUUGGCUUGUUUUUAGUUGCAGAUUUUGCUGGUCUGCUGCUAUCAAGAUGUUGAAAUUAAGCACUGUGAUACAUUUGGCAGCAGACUAAUAACAGGGAUUAGGGAGUACAUUGUGAUCCCUGUCUCAGGAUGUGGUCCACCCCUCUCUCAGAGGAAGGAAGGGAGAAUUUAACUCUUUCUUUCCUUGACACGCUAAGAGCAUUCACAUGACCCCACAUCUAGUUUGGUUUGUAGACUUCAGAAGGUAUUUCACACAAUUUCGAUCAGAUGUUUACAUAUUUCUUCUACAGGCAGCUUGCAAAUGGGACUGAUCCAGCCAGGGCAGAGUUGUGGCCUGACUCCCUUAAACUUAAUUUUGUGUUUUUAACUAGGUUUACACCAUCUCUGGACACUGAAACAUUAAUGUAGCAAAUGCAGAAGAGUGUACAUUUGUUAGAAAAUCUCCUCAUAACCUCCGUGACUCUUUUCACAGUUUAUGUUAUUUUAUCAGUUUAAUAAAGCAGUAUACGGGAGGUGGUUCAGUAAUGCUAAUGUUUAACUUGUUUAUGUUUUUUUUUUUUUAAAAAAAAAGCGCUUACCUAUUUUUAUUGACAAUAUUUAUGUGAGAAACAAACACCAAACCCAAGCACAAAGGUAUUUAAAGGGAAAUAAGCAUCCAUGGUCUUUAGAAUCUAAGAAUAUUUAUCCAUGUGAUUUGCAGUCUCACAGAAUUACAUGUUUUAUUGGAAUAGGUUUGCAAUAGAGAGGUGGGUUAACUUAUGUAGUAGUAGAUUUUUCUAAUCCUACAACACUCUAUGUUAUGCAUCCUAAAUGUAUGUGAUCAGCACUGUAUCUGAUAGGGGAGGGAAAAUCAAUGGAAUCAGCCCUGCCAUUUGAUUAGGUCCAUCAUAGAAAUAUAGGAAGCUGUCUUAAAACUGAAUCACAAACAAUUUGAACAGCAACACUGGUUAGCAGGAGCCAUUCGUGAUUUUAAGCGGGAUCUUUUACUAACCAGAAAGUAUUUAUUGGUGGUAUCCCAUUCAAGUAAUAACCAAUCCUGACUUAUUUAACUUUCAAAAUAAUAAGAGAUUGAUUGGGUUUAGGGAGAUACUAGUGACAAGAAAAAACUUUGGUCAAACCUUAACUUAAUUAUUUUAGGACAGUAAAUGGAAAACUAACAUUUGCUUGGGUUUCUCUCCAAUCCCUCUUUAGAUCAAAAGGUGACAUUUAUUCCAACAUGCAACCAGCAAUGCAAUCGUCAUGUUCCUAUUUAUGGAAAAAUUGAAGUAGCUUUUCUUGGUUGCAACCGAUAUUAGGUGCAAUAAUGGAACUGUGUUGCUUUUAAUAUGGAAUAUUUAUGUAGUUUUAUCUGUUUGCCACCCUGAGAUUGCAUAGUGAAAGGACAGGAUAAAGAUAUUUUAAUAGAUAAAAAGAUAAAUAGUAGAUGUGCCCCUGCCUUUCCCUAUAAUGUCAGAUCUAAAACUAACUGGGAAAAUCAUCAGAAUUUCGUUUUGUCAUGCACUAUGUAAAGAAACAGACUCUCUCCUUUGGGGUCACAGAAGUUCCUAACCUGGUGUUGUCUAAAUGCUGUCAAUAAAAAUAUCAAGCUGUUAAAAAUAGGGAACUGGAAGUACAGCCUGGAGACGCGGUGUGAUGAAAAUGUUAUAGAAUUAAUUAAUGCAUGAGGCAGAACUGCUGCUUUUUCUUGACUUGUUAUAAAAAGCAUGGAAGAUGUUAAUUUAAAUGUUGGCAAAAACAAUUGGAAAGGAAGUUACAUGUUAUGUUCAUGUCUGGUUUCAUAAGAAAAACAUUUACUCUGGUUUCCCUCUCUUACCAUGGCAUUCUUUAUUUUAUCAUAUACCAUAAUUUAUGUCCUUAGAUCUGGUGGAAUGUACACCUCUUAUAUAUGGCACCAGGUCAAGAAGGGAGGGAAAAAUAACAAACAACUUUUUCUAAUUUUCUACCUGUAGCAAAGUUUGUAUUUUUUGAAUUGGAAACAAUUUGAUUUGUCUUAUUGUCUCAAAAUCCAACUUUUAUGUAUUACCCUUUUGGAAAACAUAAAGUAUGAGUUUAUGCUGUUUUACAGAUUUUAAAUAAAUUCUUAUUACACUGCCAACAGA